AUGCCAAGGAAGAAAGACUCAGGGAAGCCUUUGGUACUAAGCGAGGAAUACGUGAUUGAUAGCGACAGCGAUGGUCUAGCACAGCCUGAAUCGGUCAAUUCUAAGAAUUCUAGCAAUGAGAUUGGCAGCAAGCCUUCCCAAAAGAAGCAGAAGAGCCAGGGCACUCCCUCCAGCAAAUCUACUGUCCCAGCACAAAGAUCUGGAAGCGAGAGUCCUGCGAACGACGGGAAGAACGGUGUUGAGACAUCUUCAUCAUCAUCGAAGGCGGGGUCAAUUGAGACAGAGUCCGAUAGAGAAGGCGCUGCCCCAGCAAAGCAAAAGCUUCAGAAGAAGAGAGCGGCAUCUCUGCCCAACCAGACCCCUGUAGCAAUCCCUGCAAAGCUCUUUCGACCUCCUAAUGGCUUUGAGGAGCUACCGCCUAAUGCAUUGAAUUCGACUACCGAGGGAUUUGAAGCAGUGUCUGGAGUUCUGACUGGCAAGCAGAUCUGGCAUAUCACAGCGCCAACAUCGAUACCGUUGAACUCAAUCGAAGACUUUGAUGUGGACGUGGUGAGAAGUGGACGUCCAAUCCUCACGUACGACAGCAGGCAGUAUGGUCUUGCAUUUGGCGAUAAGGACUCUCAGCACUUACUUCUUCCUGGAAAGGUUGGCGGCAGCAGCUACAAACGCUCAAGAGUGCAUGUUUCCAAGUCCUAUCAUCUUCGAGAGAUUCCAAAUCAAUCCCAGUCCACAUCUUCUAAAGCCGUACAAUCGACCGAAGAUAGCGUCUUUUUUGCAAAGGAACAGCCCUUAGCAAGACCCCCUCGCGAACAACCAAAAAUGCUCAGAAUGCGGUACAAACCCUUUGGUACAGAUGAUAGCCCGUCUACUUCCACGAGCAUCCGCGAGAAUUUUGGUGUAAAAGAAGGCAGUUCAAACCCUACGUUACAACCUUCGUCCUCACUGCUGGAAAGCACAUCGAAGCGAAAGAAGAAGCACAAACGACUUCAUCCAAGAGAAGAAGAUGGAAUCAUUGAUGAUCGCAUGCAGGUAGACGAGUCUCCUGCUGAAAGUAGCGUAGUGCAAGAAACACCUUCAAAGGCUGAAGUCCUAGCAAGAAAAAGGCUUAGAGACACGAACGAUGUCAGCCACCAUCGGGCGACACCGAAGGAGGAGAAAAGGAAAAAGAAAAGAGCUCAUGAGGAACCGUCGCCAUAA